UAUGGGAAUGUUAUCGAUUUUGUCUGCGUCGCUUUUGUUAUUCGGUUAGAUCUCACGUUUAUAGCGGCGUGCUGGGUUUGGGAAUAACAACUUCGUUUCAUAAUUCCGAUUGCAUUGCAGCACACUUGUGUUAAUUUUGUGCAUUCGGUAUUUGAGAGUGUUAUCUAGUAUUGCGUGGUUAUUUUCGACGUUAUUACGAGGUACAGAGACGAUCUGAUAGACAAUGACACUUAUAUCGACCGGUAGGGACGCCGUAUUGGCACUUCCUGUUGUAGCGGACGAAUGUGAAGAGACGGGCAUCCGAGAUCUCCGGAAAUGGAUACAGGAUACUGAAGGCAUACCCAUGUUUUCAGAGCACACGUUCUGUUCAGCAUUUCUGCAUGUGUCGAAGUUCGAGCAACAGGAAGCACGUGACCGCAUACAGCGCUACUGGUACUCUCGGAAGCACGCUAUUAUGCUACAUAUGAACGGACUCGACCCUUCGUCUUCCGGUGUACUUAACAUACUUAGGGGUCCCCAUGCCGUGUACUUUCCGCUGCCAGGGUAUGACAAGGACGGUAGGAAAGUCAUCUUGGCUCGCUGGAAUCAGCUUGACGUCAGCGGUAAAAGUUACACAUUUGAGGAGUGGUUUCAAGCCAUCACGCUCGUCUUCGACACGGUUUGUUUCCUAGACCCCCAGGCUCGAACCCACGGGAUCACAUUCCUUAUGGACGCAAAGGGGGUCCGGCUGAAGCACUUGCUGUUCUUUGGGUUCGACAACAGCUGCAAACAGUUCACUGUUAUGCAGAAAGGCUACCCAAUCCGGAUCCGGCAGGUCCAUUACGUGAACAACAACCGCGUCAUCGGCUUUUUUCUCGAGGUCGUCAAGAAGGUCAUCACCACCAAACUUGCAAACAGGAUUCAACUCCAUGGCUACAAAUACGAGAAGGUGUUCGAGUACAUCGAUGUCACAAACAUGCCGAGUGAUUAUCUGGGUGAAGGUGUGAUCACCAGAUCGUCAAAAGAUAUCAUGGAGAAAUUCAUACAAGACCAAAUCCUUCAGCCGGACAACCUAAGGUUUUUGCGAGAGCUAUAUAUAACCGAAAUACCGGAUGUCGAACCGAGAACGGAACUUCUGGGUCGCAAAGACGCUCUCUCAACAGAACCGGAAGUGGAUGAAAAGGGGAUCGAGGUCCAGUUCCUAGCGUAUUCGACGGAGAAGAUUUCCAUUAAGGACGAGAAAGAGAUAGGGGUGUGCGAGUUUGACUAAUACUUGAUUCUGACGAAGCUCGUAUACGUUGAGUGCUAAGCAUACCAAACACAUUUUAGCCGCGCUCUCAGUCUGUGAAAAGGGGGUUUAAUGCAUGUGCAUUAAGUGUCGUCCCAGUGUGCAGUCCGCACAGGUUAAUCAGGGACGAGACUUUCCGCACAAACUUAAUUUUUGCUUAAACCAGACUUUCUGUAGACAUUAAAUACCAUAAAAGCGUAGUGUCGUCCCUGAUUAGCCUGUGCGGACCGCAUAGGCUAAUCUGGGAUGACACUUCACAUUCAUUAAAACCACUUUUCACAGAGCACGUUCCAUUCAAAUUCGAUGAAUAAGCAUGAGAAAAACUGCAUAGGGUGUACGGCUGUGAAGAAGAUAUAACAGUUGUGUAGUAAUUCCUGGUAUUGGUGAUACGCCUUAGACACUGGUGUGAGAAUUUACUUUAACCCUUUGCAUGCUGGGAAAUUUGUCGUCUGCUAAAAUGUCGUCUGCAGAAUUUCUAAAAUUAGCAUUUUCUUCAAUUUUUUUCAAAGAAUACUAUCAGAAUAGCAAACAGUUUGGAUCCUGAUGAGACGCCACGUUCUGUGGCGUCUCAUCUGGAUCCAAACUGUUUGCAAAGGCCUUUAAAAUUCAGCUCCAGCGCUUUAAGGGUUAAUGCGUAUUACUGUUGUUUCGUUGUGAUAUUGUUGAGUACUCAUACAAUGAACCAAAAGCACACCGAACGUGAUAUUCGAAAUAAAGGUUUUUAUGAUGCAUUAUGUUCCAUGAUUACCGCUUUAUUGAAAGAUUUGUUAAUUGUUCUAGUAAUACACGUUCAAAACCUAUACAUUAUGGUGUGUUUUUAUAUGAACGUAUUGUUAAUUAACUUGCAAAUGCACAAUUAUUUUAACAUGUUAAGAAUUUUAACGUAAACUUUA